GUCCUGCCUAUUCCACUCCAAGCGGCCGCGGGUGGCAGCCGCCGAGUCCCAGCGACAGCGCCCCGGGGACAGGAUUCUUCAAGAUGAAUACUACAGAAAUCAAUUCAUUCACCAUGACUCCAUUAGGUUUUAUACCAGAUUUCAAAAAUGCCACCCUUGUACCUGUCAAUGAGACUGCGUGUGAAAACUGGAGUGAGAUUCAUCAUCUGGUUUUUCAUGUGGCAAAUAUUUGUUUUGCAGUUGGAUUGGUUAUUCCAACCACUUUGAAUUUCCAUAUGAUUUUCCUGCGAGGCUUGCUUGCUAUGGGAUGUGUACUUUUUACCAUCUGGGCUAUCCUGUACCGUUGUGCCUUGGAUAUAAUGAUCUGGAAUUUGGUGUUCUUGGUUCUUAACUUCUUGCAUUUUGUAUAUCUACUGUACAAGAGAAGACCGAUCAAGAUAGAGAAGGAGUUCAGUAGUCUGUACAAGAGAAUGUUUGAACCACUCCAUGUACCUCCAGAACUGUUCAAGAGAUUAACUGGACAAUUCUGCAACAUUCAGACUUUAAAAACAGGUCAAGCAUAUGCUGCAGAGGACAAAACUUCAGUUGAUGAUCGACUAAGUAUCCUGCUAAAGGGAAAAAUGAAGGUCUCCUAUCGAGGGCAUUUUCUGCAUAAUAUUUACCCCUGUGCCUUUAUAGAUUCUCCUGAAUUUCGAUCAACUCAGAUGAACCGGGGUGAGAAAUUCCAGGUCACCAUUACUGCAGAUGACAACUGUAAGUUUCUGUGCUGGUCCAGGGAGCGACUGACUUACUUUCUGGAAUCUGAACCAUUCCUUUAUGAAAUAUUUAGGUAUCUUAUUGGUAAAGAUAUCACAAACAAACUCUACUCAUUGAAUGAUCCAACACUAAAUGAUAAGACUUCCAAAAAAAUGGAGCAGCAGCCCAGCCUUUGCUCACAGCUCUCGGUGAUGCAGAUGAGAAACAGCAUGGCUAGUUCCAGUGACAGUGAAGAUGGCUUGCAGCAGUUUCUUCGUGGAUCCUCCACUGCUUCCUCUCUUCGCCGCACAUCUCCUUAUAUGAGAACUUCGGCAAAAAUGAAACCAAUAGAAGAAAGCGGUGAAGAUGAUGUCUUUGAACUACCCUCUGCUGUUAAGCCUGAAGUUCAGCGACUGCCUUGAAUAGACGGUCUCGAACAUCCAGGGACACUGUAGACAUGGCAAAAGCAAGAAGCUUGUUUCGAUGGAAUUCUGAAAACUAUCAACACCCUUUACUUUCAGAGAAUUAUACCACAAUAUACCUGUGUUAGUGGCUUCUAGAUAAAGAUGCCAAGUUUUAUUUAUUCUCCUUAAAAAAAAAAAAAAAAAGGCAUAGAUUGUAGUUUUAGUUAUUGGCCAGGAUUUUGAAUGGUUGUGUUUUUACUUUGGCUCUCUCUCAAGUUAAAUUCAGUUUUAAGCAACAGACUAGUUUGAAAUUUUAUUUGCUUAUUGAGUACCAUUUUCAAAAUCGGUCAAGUCCCAUUUUUCUAAGCCACUUAGGAGCCUAAAUCCCACCGAAAGUGAAUGGGAAUAUUUGAAAAUUUGACCCAAUAUCAUUUGUACCCAACACCAUAGUUAUUAAAUUUGUAAUUUCUAAAUGAAGUUAAUACACAUAGUUUUUUGUGUCUGCAUGAAUGUAUGUGUCUGCUUAUAUUUUAGACAGAGAAAACCAUUUUAAAAGAACAUUAAAGUUGCAAAGUCAAGCACUCAAAAGUUAGGAAAGGCCAGAAUUAAGUUUCCCAUGCAACCUAUAUUUGGCCCCUUUAUGUGUAUGCAUUAUGAUGCAAUUUUUAAUUACAUGAUCACAUUCUGUUUCCCACAAGAGUUUGGCAAAAUGUAUAGAUUUGACACAAAGGCCAUCCUUCUGCCAAAUUUCAAGUCUCUGCUCUAAUGCAUGGGGAUUCUAAAGCAUCUUAAAAAAAAAAAAAUCACUAGAAUUUUUAAACAUGGCCAAAAUAAUGUAUUUUUCCCUAGUUUUGUUCUUGGAAACAGCUGCACCGUUUUGGCUAAAGUUUCCAAAGUAGUUCUACUGAGGGAGACACCUAGUAUGGGAAAUUUCAGCCCAAAAAGUUAUAGUUUGGCAAAAUUAUAAGUAACUGAAAAAAGGAUCUCUCAUAAUGGGAAGUGUUGGGCAGCCUUAAUAAUAGGUGGCACUACCAGCUCCACCUAUAGUGUGAGCACAUGAAUAAAUAAAAUCAAUGUAUUUGUCACACAAUAAAAAACUGUAUUCAUCAUCAAAGAGCAUAAUGGCAGAUACGACAGUCUAUGUAACAAUUUAAGAUGACAGAAUGUGGAGACUAGAAUAUGACAAAUAAUGAGAUUGGAUAAUAGUUGGAAUCUAGCUUAAACUCACUCUGUGAAUUUUGCUGUGAUCAUUGUCCUAGUAUCGGCAGUGAAGUUAAGCCUAAGAGUGUCCUUGAAUCAGCCUGUGCCUAUGGUAUAUCAUCUGUUUUUACACUAUUCUGAAGCUCUUGCAAUGCCAAAACACAACACUUGUUUUUGUGGUUUUAAAUUCAAUUUUUAAUGCUACUUCAGUGUGUCUUGUGGUUUUUGUUUUGUGCAUAUUAAAAAUUCUCAUUGAGGUGAGCCAUAGUUACCAGUUUAUGUAAAUAUAUGUUAAAUACAUUUUACGUCUCACAUUAUGUAUGCAGUAAAUCACGCUGACUCCUAUUGGAAUGGAGGUAAUUUACCAUAUAAAUUCACUGUUUGAGUUUUGUAAAAACCUUUAUUUACCUUGUAGACAAUAAGAGCUCCUUUUGGAGUCAUUGCCAUCUCUUGUAUAAGUACUUAAACCGGUUAUAAAGAUACAGAUCUGGUAAAAUCACCGUUGCUAGGUAUAAGAUCAAUGAGUGUUGUGUGGUACUAGCACAGGGGUUGGCAACCUCUGGCAUGUGACUCGCCAGGGUAAGGACCCUGGCAGGCCAGUUUGUUU